AUGGUGAUGCGGUGUGCGCAGGUCGGGUGGAUGAAGGCGGAGGACCAGACCAUCCUGACGCUGCACACCAAGGUGGUGACGCACAACUCGCGCAUCAGCGUCUCGCAGGACAACAUGCGCACUUGGCAGCUGCACAUCCGCCAGGUGAAGGAGACGGACCGCGGCUGCUACAUGUGCCAGAUCAACACGUCCGUCAUGAAGAAGCAGGUCGGCUGCGUCGACGUCCACGUUGACUCGUUCAGCAACGACUCUCUGACCCUCAUCAAGCUGGACCGGAAGCAGAUGGGCGCUUACCUGUGCAUCGCGUCAAACGAAGUGCCACCUGCAGUUAGCAAAAGAAUCACUCUCAACAUUAACUUCGCACCCGUCAUCAAAGUGCCGAACCAGCUGCUGGGCGCCCCGCUCGGCACCGACGUACAGCUCGAGUGCUACGUGGAAGCCUUCCCCAACACCAUCAACUACUGGGUGAAGAACCGCGGCGAGAUGCUGCUCGACGGGUGA